AUGCCAGCCAGCGAUCCUUCCAGAAUGCUCCUCCGCUGCGGCCGCCGCGCCGCGCUCCUCCUCGCCGCAGCCGCCGCCCUCUCGCGCGGCCGCGACCCCGACACGGCCGUCUACGCCUCGGUCUCCCCGCCGCAGCCGCUCCGCCAGGCCCUCCCCGCCGAGGGGCUCCGCUCCGGCACCCGCCUCUUCUCCCCGUGGCUGCCCCCGUCUCCGUACCAAGGGUUCCCAAUACUAAAUACGUUCACGUCUGCAUCGGUUUCACCGGCUAACCACAGAGACCAAGGUUCUGACGGAAGCUCAGGUGAUUCAAGAUGCUGCCCAGGGUGUCUAGGCAGGAAUUCGAUUGCCAAGGCGGCGUCUGCAGUUGGUCCUGCUGUUGUAAACAUUUCUUCUAUGCAUGAUGUGCAUGGAUGGGUGCAAGAGCAGAGCAUCGGAUCUGGAACUAUAAUAGAUCCAGAUGGGACAAUAUUGACAUGUGCGCAUGUUGUUGCAGAUUUUCAAAGCACAAAAGCAAUUGUGAGGAGAAAGGUUAGUGUGACUUUACAAGAUGGUCGUGAAUUUGAAGGUGUUGUCCUUAAUGCUGACCGCCUGUCAGACAUCGCCGUUGUGAAGAUUAAAUCUAUGACCCCUUUACCGGCUGCCAGGCUUGGAUCGUCAUCUCGACUUCAGCCAGGUGAUUGGGUUGUUGCUCUGGGCUGUCCACUUUCUCUUCAGAACACAGUUACCGCUGGUAUUGUCAGCUGUGUUGACCGGAAAAGCAGUGAUCUGGGUCUUGGAGGAUUACGAAGGGAGUAUCUGCAAACAGAUUGCGCUAUUAAUAAGGGAAAUUCUGGAGGCCCUCUUGUGAACCUUGAUGGUGAGAUUAUUGGAGUUAAUGUGAUGAAAGUUUGGAAUGCUGAUGGUUUGAGCUUUGCAGUACCAAUUGACUCUGUCAUUAAAAUAGUAGAGAACUUUAAGAAAAAUGGGAGAGUUGUAAGGCCAUGGCUUGGCUUAAAGAUGCUUGACCUGAAUCCCAUGAUCAUUGCACAGCUCAAAGAAAAAUCAAGUACUUUUCCAGAUGUAAGAAAAGGGGUGCUUGUUCCUAUGGUUACACCAGCAUCUCCAGCUGAACAAGCAGGAUUUCGUCCUGGGGAUGUGGUUGUUGAAUUUGGUGGCAAACCAGUUGAGAGCAUCAAAGAGAUCAUUGAUAUCAUGGGGGACAAGGUCGGAGUACCAUUUAAAGUUCUUGUUGAACGAGCGAACAAUGUGACAGUGACCUUAACUGUUAUACCAGAGGAGGCAGAUGCCAGCAGAUGA